AAUCAUAAAACAUAUAUCAGGUCUAGUACUUCCUCAUUCACGCAGUAAAAAGUUAUCCUACUUAUGAUAUAUUCGCUUCAUUCUUGCGUUAGAAAUGUUUGAAUUAUACAGUAAUAAACGUACAAAAAUGUUGAUAUCUGCUUUAAUUAUAAUGGAAAUUAUCAUUUCUGUCAAAUCAUGGCCAUGUGUAUCACCAAUCAGAAAAGUGUACAGUCGUGUAAACUCUGGUGCUGUUCUUCAGUUUUCUGCUGACCUGAUCGAUCUUAGUUCACCGAAACAGUUUGAGGUCAAGUUUCAUGAUGGUAUUGGUAUCAAGGCACGUAUAAUAUACAAUCCAGACAAGACUUUUACAACUGACGCGUUAUCAGGUGUCAGUAUAACAGGAGAUACUGAUGGGAAGGUAGUUGUUACACUGGCUAAUGUUCAACAAAGCAAUGCUGGAGUUUACACAAUGGCCUCUGCAGGAUUAUCAACAAAAUGUAAUUGUCUGUACAUUUUAG